AUGUUUGCAGAGUCUUCUGAUUCCGAACCCGAUGCGCCAUCAAAUGGAAGAGAACAUAGAAUGUCUGUGCUGACAAAAGCUAAGCAUGAAGAUUUAAAAGAAACGUUUGAGGAGGAGUAUGACCACUACAAGGGUAAAAGAAGAUGCACCGAUGAUUCUGCCGAUGGUGACUUAUCGGAUUCAUCCACGGAUGAUCUCGAUUCUCCACCUCCAGCUAAGAUAGUGGCUGUGAGUGAAGAGGUGGACAGGACUAAGCCAAUGACAAAUGCUGAGAAGAUGAUGGCUAAGAUGGGUUACAAGGAGGGGAAAGGUUUAGGAAAGCAAAAACAAGGAAUGGUUGAACCUGUAGCUUUAUCUACUCAACGUGGUCGUGUUGGUCUCGGACAUGAAAUAUCUAAGGCAGUUGGCCGCGAUUUUACGGAAACGUGGGAUGAGACAAAAGAAGAUAAAAGCAUCGAAGAGUAUGUGGUGUGGUUAACUGCAUGUCCGGAGAGUACUCGUGACUGGGUUGUAGACAAUCUCGAAGGUUCUGAAUGGAUACAAAUUGGAGAGAAGAAGACAACGCUAGACGAUGAGACCGAAUUCUGCGACGGAGAAAUUCUUCGUACAAUGAUAAAAUCGAAAGAAGUUUUCAAUGUGAUACCGGAUCGUGAUCUCAGAGAAGCACGAGCACGAGCGAACCCGUACGAGACGAUCGGAGGAGCAUUUUUUCAGAAUCGGGCUGCUAUGAAAGUUGCUAACAUGGAUAAAGUAUUCGACUGGUUAUUGAGCAUGGAGACAGAAGACAAGCUUCUGAAUAAAAAUCCUCUGAAGUCUGAUCGACCCACAAACAACUGUGAUCGUGAGACCCCACUAUUCUAUUUUGCUGAUGUAUGUGCUGGUCCUGGUGGAUUUUCUGAAUAUAUGUUAUGGCGCAAAGCGUUUUACAAUGCGAAGGGAUUCGGUUUCACACUAAAAGGAAAAGAUGACUUCAAACUUGGGAAGUUUACUGCUUCUUCUGCCUAUUAUUUUGAACCGUACUAUGGGAAACAUGGUGAUGGCGAUGUUAUGAAUCCAGAAAAUAUUGACUCUUUGGAAGAUUUCAUCAUGAAAGGGACUAAUGACAUGGGUGUGGAUCUGAUGAUGGCCGACGGCGGUUUCAGUGUUGAAGGGCAGGAAACUAUCCAGGAAAUUCUCUCGAAACGUCUCUAUCUUUGUCAGUUGUUGGUCUCUCUUUGUAUUGUAAAAGAAGGCGGUGUGUUCUUCUGUAAACUCUUCGACAUUUUCACACCAUUCAGCGCUGGUUUGAUCUACUUGAUGUACAUAGCCUAUGACCAAGUGACACUUCAUAAACCACAUACGAGUCGCCCCGCAAAUUCUGAAAGGUACAUUGUCUGCAAGGGAUUACGGAAGAAUUACUCCGAUGCUAUCCGGGAUUAUCUAAAACGGGUUAAUAUUCAACUGGACGAAUUUGCGAAGUCCAAGUCGUCACGGGAUGUGAUCAGUGUCGUACCAGUUGAAACGAUGCGAAACGAUGAAACUUUCACUACAUAUUUGACUGAGCAUAACGAGAGACUGGCUAUUCGACAAUCAACGUAUCUGCAAAAGUAUUUAAGCUAUGCGAGAAACAGCUCUCUAAUUGAUAAAGACCAAGCAACACUUCGCGAUGAUUGUCUAAAAUAUUGGUUGGUUCCAAACAAAACUCUGGAUAGGAGAGAGCGUGGCGCUGAGCGACAACAAAUAGAUCCAGAUCAGUACUUUGGAAGGUUCACCAGAAAGUUCUACGGGCGUGAAGACUUUAAUGCACGACUACCUCCAUUUACUGCGAACCUCUUGACUGAAAGAAUGAUAAAAGAGCUCAAGUAUGCGGAAUAUUCGCUCAACAUAUUAUCAAACCGUGCCUCUACACAACCGGAGCUGCUUAUUUCUACUGGAGACGCAGUGUUUGUUUGGAAGAAACAUUGGGAGAGGCUUGAGAACAAUUUGAUGCGAAUUCCUGACCGAACAGUUUUGCUAGUAGAAAGAGCGACGACUUACAAGCUGGUGGAUAAGCAUCUCGACACUGUGGCGGCGAACGGUCUCGUUCGCAUCCUAGAUGCAGCAGUCAUUAAUGGUGAUGAUGUAUCAGGUCUGCUUUACUCAAAACGAAUGGAAGCAGCAAAGAAAUUCUGUCAGGCACUCAAACUGGUCGUUCCCCAAGUUCGAUUAGGGUGGGGACAGCAUGAACGGUAUAUCGUCCCCCCACAACUUGUCACUGCAGAACUGUUCCAAUUCGACCAGCUUGCGGAGGUACGUCGAAGGUUUUCACGUUUGCGUCACUCAGGCGAAGAAAUACUAGUGUUUGAGGAGAAUGGACAUUUACUUAUGUGCAAAGCAUUUCGAGUUGCGCGCUUGCUGAAAGAGUCUUGGAAGAUGGGAUGGUCUUGUAGCCGACACAUGACUUAUGCGUUCUGCCCUCAACGAGCAGAUCUGGGUAGCUUUUUCGAACCUCAAUGGGAAGAGCAUGAAUGCUGCUCUUCGUUCUGGGAAAGUGCGAUGACUUCGAAGGCGGUUGCUGGCCACUCUCCUAUGCAAUACAUUUGGAGUUGGGAAAACAGCUUGCUGGAUAACUACGGGCCUCGUAUAAUCCUCGAGAGCGAUUCUCACAAAAGCGGUCCAACUGUAAACUCUUUGCUUCGUGAAGUUGCCAAUACUGAUGAGCAGUGUAAGAAGACGUAG